GGCCCGCCGCCCCCUGCGCCCCGCACCCAGCCUCCACUGCUGCUGCUGCUGCUGCUCGCGCUGGCGGCCCACGGGGGGUGCGCUGCGCCCGUGCCCCGCGCCGAGGACCUCAGCCUGGGAGUGGAGUGGCUGAGCAGGUUCGGCUACCUACCCCCCGCAGACCCCACCUCGGGACAGCUGCAAAUACAAGAGGAGCUAGCCAAAGCCAUCGAGGCCAUGCAGCGGUUUGGGGGCCUGGAAGCUACUGGCAUACUGGACGAGGCCACCCUGGCAUUGAUGAAGACCCCGCGCUGUUCUCUCCCUGACCUCCCUGCCACGGCCCCUACACGACGGAGGCGCCAGGCCACCACCCAAACCAAGUGGAACAAAAGGAACCUAUCAUGGAGGGUCCGGACAUUCCCGCGGGACUCCCCCUUGGGCCGAGACACAGUGCGUGCGCUCAUGUACUACGCCCUCAAGGUCUGGAGUGACAUCGCGCCGCUCAACUUCCAUGAGGUGGCAGGCAGUGCAGCGGACAUCCAGAUCGACUUCUCCAGGGCGGAGCACAGUGACGCCUACCCCUUCGACGGCCCCGGCGGCACCGUGGCCCACGCCUUCCUUCCCGGCAACCACCACGCUGCAGGGGACGCCCACUUCGACGACGAUGAGGCGUGGACUUUCCGUUCCUCGGAUGCCCACGGGAUGGACCUGUUUGCAGUGGCUGUGCACGAGUUCGGCCACGCCAUUGGGCUGAGUCACGUGGCCACCCCCAAGUCCAUCAUGCAGCCGUACUACCAGGGCCCCGUGGGCGACCCCCUGCGCUACGGGCUGCCCUAUGAGGACCGUGUGCGCGUCUGGCAACUGUACGGCGUGAGGGAGUCCAUGUCCCCUACUGGACCCCCAGAGCCCGAGGAGCCACUUCCCCUGCCGGACCCUCCUGGAAACCGGUCCAGCGUGCCGCCCGGGAAGGACGUGCCGCACCGGUGCAGCGCGCAUUUUGACGCGGUGGCCCAGAUCCGCGGAGAGGCUUUCUUCUUCAAAGGCAAGUACUUCUGGAGACUAACCCGGGACCGCCAUCUGGUGUCCCUGCGGCCGGCGCAGAUGCACCGCUUCUGGCGGGGGCUGCCGCUACACCUGGACAGCGUGGACGCCGUCUACGAACGCACCAGUGACCACAAAAUCGUCUUCUUCAAAGGAGACAGAUACUGGGUAUUUAAGGACAAUAACAUAGAGGAAGGAUACCCGCGGCCCAUCUCCGACUUCAGCCUUCCGCCGGGCGGCGUGGAUGCUGCCUUCUCCUGGGCCCACAAUGACAAGACUUAUUUCUUUAAGGGCCAGCUGCACUGGCGCUUCGAUGACCACGUGCGGCGCAUGGACCCCGGCUACCCCGCCCAGAGCCCCCCAUGGAGGGGUGUCCCCAGUGCACUGGACGACGCCAUGCGCUGGUCCGAUGGUGCCUCUUACUUUUUCCGCGGCAAGGACUACUGGAAGGUGCUGGACAGCGAACUGGAGGUGGCGCCCGGGUACCCGCAGUCCACUGCCCGGGACUGGCUAGUCUGUGAGGAUCUGCAGGCAGGGGACCCCAAGGUUGCCAGCUCAGACCGUGAAGACGGGGUCCCAGCCCGGCCAGGCCAGCACGACCAGAGCCGCUCUGAGGAUGGGUUCGAGGUCUGUUCCUGUACCUCCCUCGCCUCCCCGCUCCCCCGGGCCACAACCAUCACACUGGCGGCCGCCACGCUCUUGUUACUGCUGACGGCCUCCAACACGGGACCCCCCUGGGCUUCGGGUGGUGGGGGCUUCCAGAAGGGCCUGUGUUCAUCAGCAUCUGCUUGA